AUGUUUGUGGCCCAAAUCCGUUUAGCGGCCGUGGGGAUGACGGAAAGCCGGGCUGGGAUUCUACGACUCAUUGGGGGAGACUCUCUCAAGCCAAGAGGAGUUUGGACGGAGGACAAAGUGGAGGCACAGGCAACUACGACUACAGAAAGCGAAGACGGCCAAGACGAUGAUGAUGCUCCUACUGCAUCUGGUGCUGAGGACCCCUACGAGCGCUAUCGCAAAAUGCUUAAAGUUGGCGUACCUCGACAAACGGUUGAGGAGCGAAUGCGUAUUGAUGGAGUCAACAACGCGGGCCUAGAUGGAGCCAAUAUGAAAGGAGCAUUGCACCCUGAGCAAACCCUUGCGCCAAUAGCGAGUGAUGUUCCUGUGAUGAAGACGAAGCGUCGUAGAUGGCACUGGACGGAAGUCUCCAAAGCCGACCGAGCCCCUCCUCCAUUGGAAGGAUCCCUGUGGAUGCAGGUCAAUGAAAAGGAAGCACACCAGCGGCUCACGGCUCCAUCGCAAGCGUACAUUCAAGAACUUUACGUGAGAGAGAUUGGCAAUAUAGUGGAGAGCUCCAAACGUGCACCGUUAAAGAGGAACGCUAGAACAGCUUCCACGAUUCAGCGUCCUUCUCGACCUAAGAGCACGAGAACGGUGCAAAUAUUGAAAGGGAACAAAGCUGUGAACCUCGAGCUCGCAGUAAACCGCAUCACAUCUCCGUUCGCCGACGUGGCUAAAGAUGUCAAUAUCCUGACGGCUAUGUAUCUGCAAGACACGGAUGUUAGGACGAUUCUAGCGAUGUGGCCUAGCAUGGCUGAGGAAAUUGCUCUCGAAGAAUAUUCGGAAGAUUUUGAAGCUCUAAAACUUAGCGAGCAGUUUCUGGUAACGAUCCGCGCUGUUCCGAUGGCGAAAGAAAAGCUUGAAUGCCUCCUGCUGAAACUAGAGUUACCUUCACGAGCUGAGAACCUCAAGCAAGCGGCGGGUCUAGUAACCCGGGCACUCAACCAACUCUGUUCGAGCCCCAAAUUCACAAAAGUGAUGCAACUCCUUCGGGACUUUGGUAAUCUUGCAAACGAGGAAUUUGUUGAAAAUUACAGAGCAAGGUUCUCGCUGGAAUCGCUGGCCAAGAUGAGUCAUACGAAGUCAUUCGACAAUAAAAACUCUAUGCUUGAUGGAUUCUUGCAUGUCCUCUGGAUGGAAAACGAUGGAAAGUUGUCGGACUUUUACGAUGAAAUCAAUCUUGUCUUGCAGUGCAAGAGUGUCUCUGUGGACGGUCUGACGUCCGAAAUGAAUCAGCUUCGUGAGGGCUACGAUUUGGUGAAAUCAGUGGCUCUUGCAAGCAGCGAUGCUUCCGACGAUGGCGCAAAGCUAGCACAAAAAGCUUUUACUCAAUUUGCUGACGAUGUGGACGACAAGCUCCGUGGUGUGCAGACAAGUUUAGACAUCAUGAACAUAAGUAAACGCAAAUUCCAGUCCUGGUUUGAAGAAGAUGCAAGGGCACCACUUGAUCAACAUCUCAAAGCGAUUGUCCAUUUUGCAUUAGCAGCUAAAACUAAAAACUCUCUACUCAACUAA